AUGGGUCAAAAGAAUCUCACAGUUUUGACUGAAUUCAUUCUGCUGGGAGUCACAAGGCAACCUGAGCUGCAGCUUCCCCUUUUUGGGAUAUUCCUCAUCAUCUACAUAAUCACAGUGGUGGGCAACUUGGGCAUGAUCUGUCUGAUCCAGGUAGACUCCCGUUUAUACACACCUAUGUAUUUUUUUAUCAAACACCUGGCUUUCAUUGAUCUUGGGAAUUCUACUGUCAUUUGUCCCAAGAUGCUGGUCAAUUUUCUCGUGGACCAAAAUACCAUUUCCUAUCAUGCAUGUGCCGUACAGCUGGCUUUCUUUCUUACGUUCAUUAUUAGUGAGUUUUUCAUCUUGUCAGCCAUGGCUUAUGACCGCUACGUGGCCAUCUGUAACCCUCUGCUGUACAAUGUUGUCAUGUCUCAGAGACUUUGUUAUGUGAUGGUGGGCAUUCCUUACCUCUACAGUACCUUUCUGGCUCUUGUGUUUACCAUUAAGAUUUUUACUUUGACCUUCUGUGGCUCUAAUGUCAUCAGCCACUUCUACUGUGAUGAUGUUCCCUUGUUACCUAUGCUCUGCUCAAAUGCCCGGGAAAUAGAGUUGCUAAUUAUACUAUUUUCAGCAUUUAAUUUGAUUUCCUCCCUCUUAGUAGUCUUGGUAUCUUACAUGCUCAUUCUGGUAGCCAUAUUUCAAAUGCAUUCUGCAGAAGGCAGGAAAAAGUCUUUUUCCACCUGUGGUUCUCAUCUCACAGCAGUUGUUAUAUUCUAUGGGUCUCUCUUCUUUAUGUAUUUGCAGCCCAAAUCCACUCACUCCUAUGAUACUGAUAAAAUGGCCUCUGUGUUUUACACUUUAGUGAUCCCCAUGCUUAACCCCUUGAUCUAUAGCUUAAGAAACAAGGAGGUAAAAAAUGCCUUCCAUAGAGUAUUUAAGAAUUUAUCUAAGUUUUGUAUUUAA